UAUACGAGACAGGACGAAUAGUGUACCGACAUCACUGGCAGAGUGAUGGAUAGCACUCGAGUGGGAAAUGCCCGCAGUGAUUCAAGUACACCGACUCGUAAUAUUAGCACUGAGUGAACGGUGAUACAGGAGGACAAUUUCGGGAUUAUAUCGAUUGUCUUUUAACGGUAUGAAAUUUCUGGAGCUUCCAAAAGGAAAGUUGUUAAAAAAGCACAUUUUUUGAGAAAGCUAACCAGGUCAAACAACAAGGAAACAUGGCCUUUGGGUGUAAGGGGUCGGAGGUUGUACGGAUACGUGUAUUGUUCCUGUUGCUGUUAUUGGCGGGCUGUUCUUGUGGAUGGUUGUUCCGCAGAAAAGAAAAUCUCCACGCAUGUUCAACAAAGCGUAGUCCCGACGAGAAGCCAUACUUCUUUGGCACGACAAGUUUGCUUUGCAUGACGUAUAGCUACUAUUUUAGGCGUAGCAAGCGCUCCGCCAGAAUGCCAACAAUGUUGCCCAUACAUAGUUGGCUCUAUUACGAAGGCAAAUACGUGGAGUUCGGCAUCUACCACAACUACAGAAAGCCCUAUAACUAUUCCAUCUCCAUAGAACGCCCGGCCGUCGGGGACAAAUGUGCCUUUAGAUUGGACCAGACACCUCAAGGCUACAGUAGUCUGGGUGUCGACUGUAUCGAGGGGUGUGCCCGGAACUACGUCAGAACGUACGGCGAAUAUCGCCUCUUUACCAACAACUGUCACGUGUUCUUAAACAGGAUAUCCAAGAUUCUUUGUCACUCCGACACCUGUCCGAGCUGGUGUUUGUAUAAUCAGACAGCUUAAUCAGAUGUCUGCCGAGACUGUUCACUAUCUGAAGCAAAUGUUUCUGUGCCUUUGUUUCGAAGGGAGUAAAAUUUUCAGGUCAAA